UUAGUCAGAAGCACUGAUUUGUUUACUUACUUUUGUGUUUUGUUUCGUCAUUUUUGUGUGAGGAAUUUUCAAAUCAUGCUUCCAAUGAAAUCAACUAUAACACUAUACAGGAAACGCGCAUUUGUUUAGCGUCUGAGUCACACGGAUCGUCAGUCAGCCGCGAGCUUUAGUACCCUCCAGUUCCCAAAAGGCAGACUCACUCUGAUCAUGGCACGCGACACUGUACUCCGAGUUCCUUGAGGGUGGCCGAGUGUUCUGAGCGUUCUGCCGGCGGAAAAGGGAGGAAGAGGAAGGGAAGAGAACGAGGAAGAGGAAGGGAAGAGAACGAGGAAGAGGAGCUAAAGACUCGUCUGACUUGGAAGAACAAGAAGGGAAAUAAGAGAUCUACCGGAGGCACGAUGGACGGGCGAUGGGUGAAGGGGUUCGUGGGAGUGUGGCUAACAUGGAUUGCAGUGGCGAGAACCCAGGCCGCGGAUGAGUACUGCACGCCGAUGAAGGAAUCCAUUCGGUGUGUCUACAAGAACACAAGCCAGACUGUGAUGUUGAACGACACCUUCGAAGCCUCGGGAGCUCGUGAGUUGAGGGUCGAAUCCGCCACAGCUCUCCAGGGCGUCGCCCCCUGCAACCUCCUCCUUCAAGUGUGGUCCUCGAACAACGUGACGCUGAAAGGAGGAGGCGCUGACGAGGCUGGAGAUAAAACCAAGACAGCUUCUGAAGGCCCUGUGACAGGCACUCCCGAUUCGCAGACGAGAAAGCCUCCGAUGGAACAUGAAAUAGUGUUUGUGAAUGAUUCUCCGAAGAAACCAAGUGUCCGCAAGAGUGAAGACGUGAGUGUUCAGUUAGGAAAAGAGGCCGAAUGUGUAAGGAAUGUGUCGGCUCAUCAGUCGAAAUUCAAGUCGUUGCGCGGCAGGUUUGACUGUGUAACUCUUCGCCUCAGUGAAGCAGAAGAGAUAGAGGCAUCUUUUACCAAUUUAAUCAUUAGGAAAUCGUCGAUAUCUCAUUUAUCAGUAGUUGUGCAACACAUAUCUGUUGAAGAAACUAGCAUUGCUUUACUAUCUGGACUCAAAAUUGAAAACCAGCGGAAAUCAAAGAGCCAGGCAAAUAUCGGGACGGCCACCCAUUUCUUGAAAAGUGCAGAUAUUAAAAAGAUCGGGCAUGACGCUUUGGAACUGACUGACGGACAUUUGUAUAUCUCUAACACCAACAUCGAUGACAUUGAAUCUCGCGGGAUCGUGGUGGCGAACGGGUCAGUUACCUUCGAAAAUUCGCACUUCACUCAGGUAUCCCCGACGUCCCUCGUCCUCAAGGGAAAUUCAACAGUCAUUUUCAGCAAUUCCACCAUAGGGAGUCGGGAGGUCAAGUAUGUGAAGGUGUCCAUCAGCGGCCAGGACGUACAUCCCCUACAGCUUAUGUUCCCUUCAGUAGGCGGACUCGCCUCGAGAACCCGGAGCGACAGCGUUAACGUUCAGGAGGAAGAAGCCUCCGCUGACUCAUUGUUCCGUGGCUUCAAAUGGUACUGGGUAGUGAUCAUGCUCGGCGUCGGCCUCGUGGCGGGCGUGGUGUUGGGGGCGGCCGCAAGAUGCCAAAAUAAGAAAGACCCAAAACAACAGGCUUCGUCCCUAACCCUGUCGGACUUGAUAUCACGAGACAGGAUGGAAGAGGGAGACAACGCGCACGAAAACGAAGCUUCCGGACGACCCAGCCUCUACCGUCAGGACUCGGGCCUGACGUCAUCCUCCUUCACCUCCUACACAGCCUGCCAGGAUCGCGGACGCCUGUCGUGCCUCAAACAACCUGACGACCUGGACCAAAUCCUGAACGCUCAGGCGGAACCCAACAUUUACGUGCAGGUCUCGCCCCUGGCCUGCGCACAUGAGACCGUCAUCUACGAGGAGGCGGAGACCUUUACGUCCCUCAGGGAUGAGAACACCUACAUGACCAUGGGUCCCGGGGCCAAGCAGCAGUAAGAUAAAAGGAGAGAAAGGGGUAUUCUUCGCUAAUAGUUAUGUUAUCAUUACCUAAUUUACCAUAACACAGGAAACCAUAGACAGCAAGAAAGAAAUAUCUUCGGGUUGCUCUUUAGUGCGAACGCUGGUUCUCCACUCAAUAUGUUCAGCUGAACUACUAGAAGUGAGUCAGUGUGUAGAUAGGCAUUUAUAUGUACAGUUAUUACUUGUGUUGAGUACAGCACAUGUAUGCAUACUUAAAAAAAUGUAUAUAGUUAGUAUUUAUGUAAAUAAUGUAAUAUGAUUUGAUCACAUCCGUUAAAAUAAAAUGUUUGACGUUUUGUA